UGCUCCCCCUCGUCCGUCUGCGUUGCUGGCGGCUGGUGGCGCGAGAGGCAAAGAUAGCCUGGUUGGCAGUGGGGGUGUCGUGCACGGGACACCGAAACAGUUGCAUGGUCGGUAGGUGGGGCACCCCCGGGCGGAGACCAGUUACCUCUCCAAUUACGCUGGCACUCCACGACUCCCCGCAUUGUUUCUCCGCGCGCCGAGCUGUGCUUGUUCCGCGUUAUGUGCCCUUAAUGAGCGCACCUUGCCUGCCACCGAUGGUGAGUGAAGUGCACAACGGCUAUGCGCGGUCAUGGUGAUUAGAUAACAAACUUGGGGCCGGCAGUGGUGGCGGCCUGCCAACAUACCUGCGGAGUCGAUCGGGAAAGUCCCCCGACAGUGCUGUGUGUGCGUCGUCGCGACUCAACAGCAUGCCGCUAUUCGGUAAGAAGAAACGAGACUCUGAUUCCCUGUCCCCUGACGGCGACGCCGAUGCCAACGGCGCCGCGCCUGGCGGAUCGCCGACGGCGAACGGCAGCGGAGGCGUGCACCCAGCUUCCUCGCCCGCCGGUUCAACAGUGGACGGUCUAUCAAAAAGCCUGCCCAAACCCAAGCUGGUAUUCCACUGCCAGCAAGCGCAGGGCAGCCCGACCGGCAUAAUCUCCGGCUUCUCCAACAUCAAGGAGCUCUACCUGAAGAUAGCCGAGUGCUACGACUUCACGGCUUCUGACAUCCUGUUCUGCACACUCAACACGCACAAGGUGGACAUGAGCAGACUCCUGGGUGGCCAAAUAGGGCUCGAUGACUUCAUCUUCGUGCACCGUCGAGGCCAGCCCAAAGAAGUCGAGGUGCUCAAGGGGGAAGAUUCCCUGGGCCUCACAAUCACUGACAAUGGGGCUGGCCUGGCAUUCAUCAAGCGCAUCAAAGAGGGCUCCCUCAUGGACCGCAUUGGGUUUGUGCAGGUUGGCGACCACAUAGAGCGUAUUGAUGAAAGAAGCAUGGUCAACUGCCGCCAUUAUGAAGUAGCAAAAGCACUCAAGGAGAUCAAGAAAGGCUCCACAUUCACACUUCGCCUUGUUGAACCCCUCAAGGCUGGUUUCUCACACAUAGGGCCUCGAAGUGGAGCGACGGCUGGCCAGGCAAAAAACAAGGGGGCCCUUGGCUCUGGCAAGGAGACUCUACGGUUGCGUUCCAAGGGUCCUGCCACUGUGGAGAAAGCUCCUGACAACGUGAUCCAGGCAGCAGUGGACAAGAUUAACGCUCUUCUCGAGUCUUACAUGGGUAUCAAUGACUCUGAACUAGCCACUCAAAUCUGGGAGCUUGGCUGCGAGAGGCCCAACCCACACGAAUUCGUGACUGCGGUGGCCGAUUCCGACCUGGACGCAUUUGGUUUCACCGAAGACUUCCUCUUUGACAUCUGGGGUGCAAUUGGAGAUGCACGCGCCGGUCGGCUGCCACCUAAGGACCACAUGGCUCGCACAGACCUCUGAGCUUUGGUCUUACGAACAGUUGUCUUUUUUGUGGAAGGGCGACAAUCGGCAGGUCCUUUCUCUGGAUCUUGCAGAAGUUAUUCGAAUAGUAGGUGCCAAUUUGGCACAUGAGUGAGUUAACCAAUCAUGACUGCUGCUGGAGUGAACUGGUCAGCUGCAUCAGUUUGUGAAGUCACUGUGGACGAUGACGUCUGCGCACCACGCAUCAGCAGACUAACAGAAGCCCUUGUUUGAGGCUUUACGGGGAUAAAUGUCUGCUUAGCAGAUACUCCGGAUGUCCGCGCUCAUUCAGAAUCUGUGUAAGCCUGAUUUUCAAGCAGAGCUGUGUGGUGGCUUGUCUUUGUUUCCAGGCUGGUUUGUUCUGAUACACUGGUCAAGGGCUAACCACCGCUGUGAUUUUUUUAUUUUCAGGCUUCUUGUGUCGGCAUAAAGUUCCUUUCACUUCUCAUUCAUGACAUUCCAAGCAUUGUGGUUGUGCAGUUUAAUUGGUGUUACACGGUGUCGCUAAUAGUACGAGUUUUCCAAGCAUUUGUAUGACUAAAAGCUGUAGAUUUUACAUCCACUCACAGUCUCACAUUAAAAAGUUGGUCUUGGUUUUUUUAAGGUCAGAGACAUUUUUUUAUAUAUAUACAUAUAUAUAAACAUGUACAAAUACAUAAUUCACAGUGCAAUUUUGAAAUGAGAUCAGCAGCCUUGAGAACUUACCGAGCUUCUACACAUAACUGAAAAGGAGGCCUUGGUCUAUCUACUUAGCGUGCUCACUCAGUACAGCAUUACUAAAGACGUGACAAACCAGCAUGACACACUAUGCAUAUCAGAUAAUUAUUUAAAGCAGCUUUGCCUUAUACAUUUGCAAAUAAUAGUAUUAGUCUGCAUUUUCUGCCAGUUUACAUGCUUCACCAUUUCAGAAUUGUAUGCACACAAAAUGCCGUUCGCUUGCAUUCCAAGGAACAGUAGCUUUUAUAGGCAGGCUCUGUGCUCUCCAGUCAAGCGUACGGGAACUCCCACUGAAGUGACAUUCCAUGAGGCAACAGCUGUUUUGAGAUCUUUACACUUGCUUGCCAUCCUUGUGCAGUGCUUUUUGCAGCAUGAUUUUGUACAUUGUCUUUAUUCACUGGCACUUCUAUCUACAGAGGUUCUAAUGCAUCGCAGUUGUGCUUGGAAGUGAAUGGUGCGAGGAUGCUUUACCUACUCCUAAGACAGUGGUGUUCCUAAAUCCAUCCGAUAAUGUACCUAUUCAAUGGCACAGCUUAAACAUGUGCACAUGCUGUACACAUGUUCCUUGGUAAUCCGUCCUGCAACACAUGCACCAUUGCAUAUUUUUGUAUGGCAUAAAUAUAUUGAUGAACAGGGUCAGUGCACAUGAAAAUUUAUCUAUAUUCCGAUGAGAUUUUCUAUCAGUGCUUCAAAACAGUAUACUCUACUGUGUCUUCUGUAUUAAAGUGCCUCUGUAACUUUAUCAGGUACAUGCCAAGCUAUUUUUACGGAGCUCCUCUCUUUUAGCUCUUGCUUAAGACAUUCCAGAUAUCUGUGCCACACACUUGUAGUUUAUUAAGUGUGGUGCUUCGGCACUAUCAUACUAUGCAAUGCAAGAUAAAUCCUGCAUCUCACAGGAGUCGCCCGCUCUCAUAUUUGAUCACCUUCAAGAAUGUUUUAAGAGGCACCAUAUCAAAUACAUAUACAAAUGGCACAAAGUGUUGUGCGAGGCAACUAUUUUUUAUCUAAGAAAAAUUCAAUGAGGCUGCUGUACAUACCAUUUGCAAAAAAGAAACAAGCAUCCACUGCAAGAAUGCCAAUAUGCCAGAGAGGUAGGCAUCUCUAGAUGGGAAAGACAUGGUAGAAACAGCUGUGCACUUGUGAAACUCUGAAAGGUUGCACCCACAGUGUGAACAGUAGACUAUGCGCUUAUUAAUUUAAAAUGGGAUCAUGACAAAUCGCACGUAACUUUGGAUGAGGGAAUAGUUUUUCUGGCUAGGUUUAAAAUAGAAAAUAAUAAUGAACAACAGUGUGAAAAAUUUUCACUGAACUGCAAGAAUAAGUCACGAGUAGCCUCAAACCUAUCAAUGGCUUUCUAGUAGGCCACUUCUUGCUCCGAUAAUUGUCUCGUGAUCGUUUUUGCAGACAUCCACUAGUCAGACAUGGUUCUUUCUCUAAAUGUGCUAGACAAGGAAUGAGGACAGUAGAUGUUUAUACUGUGACCUUGUCUCUGAAUAAACCACCUUAUUUUUCAA